AUGGUGCCGGCUGACGCGCCGCCGCUGCCGCCCGGCUUCCGGUUCCGGCCGACUGACGAGGAGCUGCUCACGCAUUACCUCGCUCCGAAGGUGGCCGACGCCGGCUUCGCCCCCGCCGCGCUCCGCGAGGUCGACCUGUACGAGGCCGAGCCCUGGGACCUGCUGCCGGCCGGGGGCGGAGGCGGAGAGGACGGCGGCGUCGGCUACUUCUUCUGCAGGAGGAGCGUCAAGUUCCCGUCGGGCCUGAGGACCAACCGGGCCACGCGGGACGGGUACUGGAAGUCCACCGGGAAGGACAGGGUGGUGGUGGCGAGCAGGAGCAGGAGCAGCCGCGGUGACGCCUGUCCCCUUGGGGUGAGGAAGACGCUCGUCUUCUACCGCGGCCGCGCGCCUACUGGCCACAAGACCAGCUGGGUCAUGCACGAGUACCGCCUGCUCCACGGCCAUGGAUACACAUCCCCAGUGCAUGCAACGGCAGGAGCCCAAGUACAGAGUGAGUGGGUGAUUUGCAGGAUGUUCACGAAAAAGGCACCAGGUGAAACGAGCCAGUCGGAGCAGGCGGAGGCAGUUCUCCACCCUCCUCUCGAUGAUCAUAUGCAGCCGCCAAUUGACGGCUGCGGUGGCAAGACGCCGGCGCCGCCGGCGGCAGCGUCCGACUCUGAUCAUCAGCACGCGAACUGCUUCUCCAAUAUUGCUCUUGCUAUGGUCCAGGGUGACACUAAUGUCAAUGGGAUAGAGAGCAUGCUGCAGCUGAACCGCCAUGGCCGUGAAGAGCUGCGGGUGAACUAUUCAGAGUCAACCUAUCCACCCGUAGCGCCAUCGAGCUCAGCAGAAGCAGCUCUGCGACUCCGUGACGAGCUGGCCGGAGAUUCCUUUGAUCUGCUACCGCAGCUGCUCGACUACGACGAGGCCUUUCCAUUUCUUCGGGACUUCUGA